GCGAGGUUCAGGAGACACCACCUCCCCCACGCACUAGACAGCUUCCUGGGUAAUGUCUCCUACAAACUAGAAGGAUGCUAAUCCCAGCCCAACUGUGCAACGAGCAAACUCCCAGGGGCUUCCCGAGAACCUGCCUGAUACACAGCCGUCAGAAGUUCUAGGUAACAUGGAGUAACCUCAUUCUACCCUGUCUUUCUCGCUGAAUGUGGCUGUAAAACCUGAUGGAACACAUGGAACAUCCAUUUGAGGAGUCCAAAAAUAGUAGCAGGCUAAUCAAGAUGGUACAUGCUGAAGCCUUUUCUCGUCCCUUGAGUCGGAAUGAAGUUGUUGGUUUAAUUUUCCGUUUGACGAUAUUUGGUGCAGUGACAUACUUCACGAUCAAAUGGAUGGUAGAUGCAAUCGAUCCAACUAGAAAGCAGAAAGUAGAAGCUCAGAAACAGGCAGAAAAAUUAAUGAAACAGAUUGGUGUGAAAAAUGUGAAGCUUUCAGAAUAUGAAAUGAGUAUCGCUGCUCAUCUCGUAGACCCUCUUAACAUGCAUGUUACUUGGAGUGAUAUAGCAGGUCUGGAUGAUGUCAUUACGGAUCUGAAAGACACAGUCAUCUUACCUAUCAAAAAGAAGCAUUUGUUUGAAAAUUCCAGGCUUCUGCAGCCUCCAAAGGGAGUUCUUCUCUAUGGGCCUCCAGGCUGUGGUAAAACAUUGAUUGCCAAGGCUACCGCCAAAGAAGCAGGCUGUCGAUUCAUUAACCUUCAGCCUUCAACGCUGACAGAUAAGUGGUACGGAGAGUCUCAGAAGUUGGCUGCUGCGGUCUUCUCCCUUGCCAUAAAGCUACAGCCUUCCAUCAUUUUUAUAGAUGAAAUAGACUCCUUCCUGCGAAACCGUUCAAGUUCUGACCAUGAAGCUACCGCCAUGAUGAAAGCUCAGUUUAUGAGUCUGUGGGAUGGACUGGAUACUGACCACAGCUGUCAGGUCAUAGUUAUGGGCGCCACCAACCGUCCUCAGGACCUUGACUCAGCCAUAAUGAGACGAAUGCCUACCAGGUUUCAUAUUAACCAGCCUGCUCUAAAACAAAGAGAAGCAAUCCUGAGACUCAUCUUGAAAAAUGAAAACGUGGACAGGCACGUGGACCUGCUAGAAGUCGCCCAGGAAACUGAUGGCUUCUCAGGCAGUGACCUGAAGGAGAUGUGCAGAGACGCCGCGCUCCUGUGUGUCCGAGAGUAUGUUAAUUCUACAGCAGAGGACAGCCGCGAUGAAGAUGAAAUCCGGCCUGUGCAACAGCAGGACCUUCAGCGAGCAAUUGAGAAGAUGAAGAAAUCCAAGGAUGCAGCGUUUCAGAAUGUUUUAACACAUGUUUGUUUAGAUUAGGAGUAAAGAUCAUUUGUACAGUUCAGUGUGAUCUAGUUUGGUGCACUCUCUUACCAUCAGUGGAAAUAGAAUGAAAAACAUGCCAUGAGAGAGUUAAAUGUUCAUGACACUGGUUUUAUACUCUGACUCCUAAGUUAUUGAGAUGUAGUUGUUCUGUAAGCGGUAUUACUACUCGUCAGAAAUCACGAAGAGAAACAAUCUAAGCCAGCCGGAGUGGGAGCUUGCAUCUGACCUCUGUUGCCGUGCGCUGCAGCCUCAGAACAUCUAAGCUGGUCUUAAAGUAACAAACGGUUUGUCGAAUCGUUCGUGAGAAAUGGGGAUGUGGGUAAGUGCUGGUUUCUCCAUAUGUGAGUGAGUGAGUGUGUGUGUGUGAGAGUGUGUGUAUAUGUGUAUUAAAUGUAUAUAUUCACACAUUUUAUAUUGAUAUUCUGUAGAUAUGUUUGAAUACGGAAACUUUUUUUUACCCCAACUACUGAAUCAAAAAGUACCAAAUAGUGUAGAGCAAAACUAAGAUUUAUGGUCGUGUGUGAAGGUACAGUGAUUCAGCCAUUUUCAGCUGUCACUUGUUUCUGCUUUUAAGUUGAAUAUUUCUCCACAGUGGGAUAGUUGGAAUCCGCCACAUCUCUGUGUCAGAUGGGGCUCCACUAUUAGCUUGUUGGAUAAUCCAAUAAAAAUACUUGAUCAGUGAUCAGCAUGGAGUGGUUGUCAGGCAUUUGGGUGAUCAACACUGAUUUCAGCUCUUUCUGUAAGCACACUGAGCAGAGACCUGUUUUAAAUUGACAUACAUAAACGUGGAAGGAAUAGCCUUUCCAAUGGCUUUGAAAAACUACAGUGCCAUGCAGUACACGUAUGUGACUUUCCUUCAUUUAAUGUAACCUAAUUCUGUUGUAACCAUGGUUUUGUAAUGUCAUUUUAAAGUUAUAUGUUUUUUAAUUAUGGUCCAAUAUAAUUUGGUCACCAGAAAUGAAAUGAUAGUUUAAAACAAGUAGCUGUUGCUAGAUGUGCUAAAAAUAUUCAUUUUGUAACUUUGAUUUUAAAGUUUUCUUAGCAUAUUAUAAAUUGUGCCCUAGUUAGUACAGAUACAUAUGUCUGAGUCCCCAUAUUGUAUCCGUAGUCAUUUGAUGCUGUGUGCCCUCCAUAGGAAACAUUUUUUUUUGUCUAGAAUUCCACUAACCAGAAUUCUGUUAUAAGCCCUUAAACACACCGCAUGAGGAAAAUGGCACAAUGUGGUCUUGAGGUGCCUUCUGUAAACCAUCUGAAAGAUUAAAUUAUGCUCCGUAU